GGCCGUUGGAGACACCUGAUUUACUGUGGUAGUGUCAACUCUUCUCUUCCCUCCAUCACAUCUCACAAUAAUGAAGGAAAACAAUAACAUAGACACUACUCAUCAAUCUUCAACUUCUCUUUUCUGUUCGCUGAAACGGAAAAGACCACCCAUGAUUGAGAUCCCCACCACCACUGUCUUAUCUGAGAUUCCAGAGCCCCUUUACAAGAAUAUUGGUACUGAGUACUUCCUUGGUCAUGGGGUCGCCCUUUUCUGCCGCAAAGGCAAGAAAACAUUAAUGGAGGAUACCCACAACAUCAUUUCUACUUCAUAUCCCAAAAGGGGUUUCUUUGGGGUAUAUGAUGGACACGGGGGAAGAAAGGCUGCAGAAUAUGUGGCAGAGAAUUUGCAUUCUUAUCUAUUUGAAAUGCUUGAUAAUGGUUCCACCAUGACAAGACAAAAAGCUAUUGAGGCUGCUUAUAUCAAAACUGAUCACCACUUCUUGAAACAGGGUUUAGGCAGUGGUGCUUGCUGUGUGACGGCAUUAAUUGAAGGAAAGGAGAUUAUAAUUUCAAAUUUGGGAGACUGUAGAGCUGUUCUAUGUAGAAAUGGAGUUGCUGAAGCCCUCACAAGAGAACAUAGAGCUGAAAGGGAGGAUGAGAGGAAAAGAAUAGAGGAUAAGGGAGGGUAUGUGGAACUUCACAAAGGAGCUUGGAGAGUACAUGGUGUUCUCUCUGUCUCUAGAAGCAUUGGAGAUGCUCAUUUAAAGGAUUGGGUACCAGCUGAACCUGACACCAAGACACUCACUUUGACUCCAGAUAUGGAAUACCUUGUUUUAGCUUCUGAUGGUCUUUGGGAUCAGGUGGGCAAUCAGGAAGCCAUCGAUCUCCUAAUGCAGUCAUGUCUGAGGGAAAAGAGAAUGCAACUUCCAGUGGCUACUUCAAAUGAAAAGGAAGGCAAAUUUGAUUGUGUAAGUAAAAGUCCUUCACCAAAGUUACGACGAGUUUCCCUAAUCAAGUCAAAUAGAGGGAGGAGUCGUUCUCCAUGCUUUAAGAAAACUGUCAGCAACUGGAUGACAAAUGAAGGUGAAUUUGCCAAUGAAAAUGAAGGUCCUCCGGCAAAGACUAGGCAAGUUUCAACGGUGAACCAAACAAAGAUGAAUAUGAAAAUUUAUUGCCCAAAUCAAGAAAAGAGUGGUUUGAACCAUAAGCAACAUUCCAAUGCUCUUGUGUCUGCUUGCAGAGACCUUGGAAACCUUGCUGUGUCAAGGGGUAGUUCGGAUGAUAUCACUGUAAUGAUAAUCGAUCUGACUCAUUUCAAUUCCUAGUUUGGUAUAGUUCAGUCAUCCUUAGGAAGUUUCAGUUGCAUAUAUAUUAUACCUUAAAGAUUAUCCUGACAGUUUCUAUUGACUGUGAUCCAGGCUAGGUGCCGCAUAGAAAGAAAAUGAUAAUUCCUGUAGUCUUUGAAAUAAUCAUGUAUGAAAUAGAAUCAAUAAUAUGAUUCGUCUAUGAUUUGAGUUACUGCAGUGCUGCAGAGUCUCCGAAAAUUAAAGUU